UUGAAUCUGACGAAUCGCGGGCGGGUUUGUUGCGGCGUCCCGGCAAAUAUGGCAGCAGUGAGCGGACUAUUGCUGAACAGCAGAGGGUGGCUUCCUUUCCAACUUAUUGUGCGCCAUGGAUCUAAAGCAGUUACACGACACCGCAAGCCCAUGCACAUACUGCGCCAGAAGCUGUUGGCUGUCACAGAAUAUAUUCCACCAAAGCCUGCUAUCCCAGAAAGGUGCAUCAAACCCAGGCAGCAAGAGGUUCAAGAGCCAUCUGCCUUAGAGAAACUGAUACGGCGUGAUGUGGAAAAAGCAUUCAACGAGAAUAAAAUGAUUGCAGUUUUUCAGAACAACUCCAUUAAUUCUGAGGAACUAAGGCUACUUCGGCAUCGAAUGUUAAAACACGAUAUUCGCAUGAAGUUUUUCCCUAAUCGGGUCCUGCAAUCAUAUGUAACAGAGACCAAGUAUGUGAAUCUGUUACCUUUGUUUAUUGGACGCAAUAUCAUUGCUGUGAGUAAGGAGCUCAAAACAAAAGAGCUACUCCAUAUUGUGCGCAGCACACCUCAGAUCACCUUACUAGGUGCCUGUAUCGAAGAUGCCCUCUUUAGCAAACAGGGAGUUGUUAAAUAUUCCACGCUCCCAGGACUGCAGGUCAUCCGUGGGGAGGUUGUAAGUGGGCUGACUCAGAUGACAUCGCAGACGUAUCAGCUCCUGAACAAUGGUCCUGUGCUCCUCACGACUUUGCUGGGGCAAUACUUGAAACAACAGAAUGAAGCUGCUACUGGACAGAAAGAUUCAGUAAAGGAGGAGCCCAAGGAAUCCGAGAGAAUCCAAGGAUCUUAGUUCCCCCUGAACAUAUGAACUAAAAGCAAAGUUUGGAUCUCCAAGUUGUCAUACUGAAAAUGAAUACUAACUAUUAGUAACUAUCUUUGAUCUGCAUUUCAUUUUGUAUGGUUAAAUCAUGCAUUGAAGCAGAAAUAAAUACAUGUUUGUUUCUGCCCAAAGGUGUAAAGGACUACUGGCAGGUGCAACUGUCAUGUGGCUCCCAUCUUCCCCUCCUAAAAUACAGUUUUUGCUUUCUAUUUCACUGUAAAUGGCAUGAUUUUAAGGAAAAUUAUAAAUUAAAAUACAUGUAUAAACACUCAAAGUUAUAAUACAGUCAAUUAAAACUAAGUGUGAGUUUUAUCUUCCAUCUGUAUAUAAGACCAUGAGACACAGGUAUAGAAUUAAGCUAUUUGACCCAUUCUCCCCCAUUCCAGCAAGGCUGAUUUAUUAACCUUCUCAAUCUCAUUUUCCUGCCUUCUCCCUGUUACCUUUGAUGCCCUUACUAAUCAAGAACCUGUCAACCUGUUGGCUAAAGAAAUUCCUCCUCAUAUCUGCUCCAAAAGGAUGUCCUUGUGUUCAGAGGCUGUGCCCUCUGAUCCUAGACUCUCCCACUAUUGGAAACAUCUUCUCCAUGUCCACUUUAGGCCUUUCAAUAUUUGAUAGGUUUUGUUGAGAUUUCCCCCCCCCCCCCCCCCCAUUCUUCUGAACUCUAGUGAGUGCAGGCGGAGUUCAGAACAGGGUUUCCCAACCUGGGGUCCAUGGACCUCUUGCUUAACGGCAUACAAAAGGUUGGGAUCCCUAGUUUAGACAAAUAAACGGCAAUCUCAUUGAAACCAGAGACACCAAACUCUCUUCGUAUAUUAAUCCUUUAAGUCCCGGGAUCAUUCUAGUGAGCCUCCUCUGGAUCCUCUCCAAUGGCAGCACAUCCUUUCUUAGAAUAAGGGACCCAAAACUGCUCACAAUAUUCAUCUUUGCGGGAGUAGUUUGGUUGUGUAUUCCAGUUAACUGAAGAGCAAGUGUGCAAUAUGGUUCCAUGUUUGUAAUUAAUGACCAGUUUCAGAAUGUUGGAUAAAAAUGAAAAAAAGGCAAUGGUGGAUAUGUGAAAGAGUCAGAAGUGCACAUCAACAUCUGAACUAGGAAGAAUAUUAUCAUUUCAGCAUUCUUAAAGGAACAUUCUUUAUCUUUGGAGUUUAUUUGUGUGCACAUCUAGCAUUUUCUGUUUCUGUGUGGUUUUUUUGUAUGAUCAGUGGGUAUUCGUGAACAGCCUACUGUAGAAAGUAGUGUGGAAUCUAGUAAAUGUUACCAUUGAAUUGGUGUAAAUUGAUGGACUUCAAAUUUUUUUGGAAAAACUGCAGUAAUAUACAGGCAGUUUUAAGCAUUAUGCAAAAAGACUACAAGUACACUUAAGAAAACAAGAUUUUUGUGUACAAUAAGUAGGUCAAUGGGCUCCUUUGGUCAUUGCUUUUGCCAAUCAAAAUGUGGAUGGAUGUUAGAUUUUUGUUUCCAUGAUCUGUCUGUUAGUGAUGUAUGCAAUUUCUGUUGGUUAUUAUUACCCAUGCAAGAGUAGAUAAUAUAAGUGGAUAUUGAAUAAAAACAAUGAUCCACAUUUUGCUUGGCUUGCACUUGUUCUUAUUCAAUGUCUUGGUGGAUCUGGUGUAUAUGGAUUUUAGUAAGACAUUUGACAAGGUUCCACUUGGGUAAAGUAUGUGAAACCUUGAGACCUGGGGGACAGUGUAGGCGGAAGUUGAAGGAAAUAAGUGAACAAGUCUCUACCACUAAAGGGCACUGCACCAGAAGUCAUAGCAUUCACGUGGACUAAGUUGGGAAAAAUAAAUGUUUCCUGUGAUAA